AUGAGGAAUCAGUGCGGCAGCCUGGUCACGGUGAGCUCAGUGCGGCCCCUGGUCCCGGUGAGCUCAGUGCGGCCCCUGGUCUCGGUGAGCGCCUGCCCGGUGUGCGGAGCUCAGGAAUGGCAACAUGUCAACAAGAUACUCAGCAUUCAGAAAGCCUUGACAAGUCCACAUGUCAACCAUGAGAAGGUGGCAGGAGGAGGAGAUUAA